AUGACGGCCACUAUCUUGGUUGCAGUCCUGGUUCUAGCUAUUAGCCGUGACGCAAUCCAGAGUGUAUCUCGUCCGAUGGCUCCAUCGACGUUGCCAAGCGCAGCCAGGGAAUUCCUGGGAGCACACAAUCAAGCAAGAGCCGCCGUUGGAGUCGAACCUCUCAAGUGGAGUGCUCAACUGGCGGAUGCCACAGACCUCCUCGCGAGAUGCCAGAGGAACAAAAUGAGUUGUCAGUUUGCCAACCUGAAAGAGAAGAGUUAUUACGAUUAUGCAACCAAUUCUUGUGCACAAAAUCAUAGGUGUGGAGUUUAUAAGCAAGGGGUUUUGAAGAACUCUACGGAACUGGGGUGUGCUCAAGCUACACGCAAGAACCAAAUUAGUUUAACCAUUUGUUUCUGUAAUCCUCCUGGAAAUUAUGUAGGAGAAGGACCAAACUAG